GGGGGUGGACACAAAAACCGAUCUCGGCCAAUACUUUUCACAUUUCCUUUCGAAGCUAAAGAGAAAUCAAGCUUUUCCAGUUGCUCCACAGUCGUGAAGAGCAGAGAAUCGCAAAGAGAAAGAGCAAAAGAUCAUCAUCGGUGGACCGUGAAUUCUUCAUACAUCGAUAAGAUUUAUCUAAAAUAUCUUGUUAAAUCUAUAUUUCCUCCAUUAUAAAUGAAUGAUUUACAGUUGAUUAAUUUGUUGUUCGUCAAUGUUAUACGCCACCUCGUUUGAAGUAAUUAAUUAGUUCAUCUUGCUUGUCGAUUUGGUGCAGAAUCGUUUGUCUAAUACGAUGGCAAGAGCGUUAUCGAACAUGCUAUUCAAAGGAUUUAGGUCAAUUGAAUCUACUCGCAUAGCUGCAUCGGCCUCUGGACCGUUCUUGCGGCACGGAAUGCAGUUUUCAACUAGUGUGCCCAAUGAUCCUGAUACACAUGAUGAUUUUAAGCCCACAAAUAAGCUUGAGAAUUCUGGAAUUACUUUAAAGGAUAUCGUUGAGCAGGAUGUCAAGGAUAACCAUGUGAUGAUUUACAUGAAAGGGGAUCCAGAGCAACCACGGUGUGGAUUCAGCUCAUUAGCUGUCGGAGUGUUGAGUGAAUAUCGAGUUCCUAUACAUUCUAAAAACAUAUUAGAAGAUCCUGAGCUUAAGAAUGCUGUAAAAGCUUUCAGCACGUGGCCGACAUUUCCGCAGAUAUUCAUCAAUGGAGAAUUCAUCGGAGGAUCAGACAUUAUCCUGAACAUGCAUCAGAAUGGUGAACUGAAGGAGAAACUGAAGCCGACUUCCAAGUAAUUGUUAUAAUAACUUCAUUUUAAAGCGACGUCGUCGUUUUUUACGUGAGCGAAGACAAAAUAAUGUUACGUAACUAUGAAUGUGAUUGGUCUAGCGGUUAGGUGGAAAAGAGGAACCUAAUAAUUGGUGUUUCU